AGCUCCUUCACCACAACAGCACCCAGUCCAUUGGAAGGGCACAGAACGAUCGAAACCAACGAAAUACAGGACCAAUUCUGAACGAUUCGCUCGUAUCGGAUUCGUCAUGAAACGCGUCGUCUUCGCUUGGUCUGAGGCCUCAACGUUUACUUUCGCCAGGCUCCAGCAUAAUGAGCAUAUAUUAGGGCCUCGAUCACCGCUAGGUCCCGAGUGCUUCGUUGUAAUAUCCUUAUACCAGAACCAUGCCUCUUGCUCCUUUGGAUCGCCUGCCCACGGAGAUUUUGGAGGAAAUCUUCAAACUUUCCCUCUGGAGUCUUGACCUUCCACUGGCCUCUCCCCAUCUCGCAUCGAAGCUCGCCUCGAAUCAUUGCUAUCUAGGAGUAUGCUCGGCAUAUCUCUCUGCACCGAUUGGGGAUCGUAUUCUACAGACAAAGAUUCAAUCUCGCAUAUUCGCCUGCAGGUUUAUGACGUGGGAGUUCUUCAAGACAUUUAUCACAAGGUCCUACGAAGAGGCUGGCUGCGUUUGUGGUAAUGACGGCUGCUGGAGGCCUAUAUGGCCGCCUGCUUUCUCAGACCCUGCCUCAAUGCAGUUCACUAUGGGACAUCUGCCCCAAUUGAGCUACAUAAAGUGUCGAAUUCCCAUGAAACUUUUACAUGGGCCUUGGACGGAAGAGAGAACCCAGUUCCUUCGGUUUCUUAUUGAAACCAGUUCAAUGACGGUUGACUGGGCUGAUAAAGAGACACGCCGACUUGCUGUGCAAGGCAAAAAGGAGGCGAUUCUUACGAGAAACCACAACGUGGUAGAUCUUUUCAACCAUAACCGUCGUCUUGGAAAGCCACCUAGCCUAGACCUAGUACAGUUUGCGGUGUUAGAAGGUGGCUGUGAUAGGACCAUUGUGUUUGAUAUCAUGAAUACAGCUCGUACCUGGGGUUUCCGGCACUGGGCAAGUGAUGUGCUCGACGACUGGGUAAAGAAAGCGGUGAAAGAGGGCAAUCCGAAGGGUGCUUGGCUUAGGGUGAAAUUGGAAGAACUAAGGAGUGGUAAGGCUCUGACUAGCCAUGCCGGCAACUAUGAGAUGGAAGGUGAUGUUCUACAAGUAAGGGAUAAUGGAGGAAGUCGAGUCAAUGAGGUGCGGAGUCGAGUUAGGUAAAGCCACAGCAUAAGAUAUUAUCUCGUCUUGAAAUAUUGUUUUGCUGACCUCCAAAUCUCAAAUCUGUGCUUCUUCCACUUCCACGUCAUUGACAUUGUCGUCUGCGCCCUCAUUCUCGCUCUCAUUGGUGAGGUGAAACCCACGG